AUGGUGGAGUGUAGGAUAAACGGGGUUCCAACUAAGGCUCUCUGGGAUACUGGAGCUCAAGUAUCAAUUCUACCUAAAGACUGGAUUCAACAGAAAGCACCAGCCACAUCCAUUCAACCGCUCUCCACUCUCAUAGACAAUAUCCAACUGAAAGCAGCAAAUGGUACCACUAUCCCAUUUGAUGGAUGGGUAGAAGCUACACUGGCCAUCAGUAGCCCACAUGGUAAAGGUUGGUCAAUCCAAGUCCCAAUGCUCAUAUCGUCUGUGACCAUGGGUGAACCUAUCAUUGGAUACAAUAUUAUAGAAGAGUGGGUAAAAGAACAUCCUGCUGGUGACAAGAUACAAACUCUUCAAUCAAUUUUCACCAAUCUGAGUUCAUCUAAAGUCAAAACCCUACUCAACUACAUUUCGGCAGACGACACUGACGAAUUAUGUACAGUUAAAGUUGGAAAAAAAGAUGUUCUUAUUCCUGGUGGCGAAAUGAUUGCAAUACUAUGCAGGGUGCACUCCCGGUGUAAAGAAGAAAACUUGCCAGUUAUCUUUGAACCCAAUAUACAUACACCAUGGCCAGAUGGUCUUGAAGUGCCAGAUGCCCUCAUCCACUUAGAAAAGGGAUCGUCCUAUCGAAUUACCAUCUAUGUAACAAAUCCAACCAAUCACCCGCUUCGCUUGGACAGAAGUACCAAACUUGGUACAUUGCACGUCGUACAAUCCGUUUUACCAGGUAGAGUAAAAUGCAAAGCAACUGUCUCGUCAGCAACAGAGAAUGAGUCAGAGGAAGAAUGGGAACCACCCGUAGAUAUGACAUGUUUUGACGUUAAACAGGCAACCAUAGUACGCCAGAUGUUGCGAGAGGAGUCAAGUGCAUUCUCAAGAGAUGACCGAGACAUGGGAUGCAUUGCAGACUUACAGAUGUCUAUAAACUUAAGAGAUACCAAGCCUGUUCAGAAGACAUAUAUGUCAGUGCCUCGACCUCUCUACCAAGAAGUAAAGACCUACCUUUUAGAUCUGAUCGAUAGGGGUUGGAUCACAAAGUUAAAAUCUUCAUUCUCAUCACCUGUUGUCUGUUUCCGAAAGAAAGACGGUUUUCUCCGAUUAUGCAUCGACUACCGUGAACUGAACAAAAAGACCAUCCCAGACAGACAACCAAUUCCGAGAGUACAAGAUGUCCUUGACAGUUUGGGAGGCAAGAAAUGGUUUACCACUCUGGAUCAAGGUAAAGCUUACCAUCAGGGAUUCAUCCACGAAGCUAGUCGCCCGUUCACUGCCUUUGUUACCUCAUGGGGUUUGUACGAAUGGGUUCGCAUCCCCUUUGGGUUGAUGAACGCCCCAGCAGCUUUCCAACGCUGCAUGGAGAAUUCUCUCGAAGGGCUGACUGGAGACUUUUGUGAAAUAUACCUGGAUGACAUACUAGUACAUAGCAGAACAUUUGCAGAACAUGUAGAACAUAUAAGGACCAUACUUCGUCGACUGCAGAAACAUGGGAUAAAACUCAAGCCUAGCAAGUGCAAACUGUUCGAAAAACAAGUCCGUUACUUGGGAAGACUGGUAUCAUCGGAAGGGCACCAAGUUGACCCUGCUGACACAGCAACCAUACAGGCUCUUAAGGACAAACGACCAGCGACUGCAGGUGAUGUACGCAAACUAUUGGGACUCUUCUCUUAUACACAUCUAGAUGUGUAUGGGAUAUUACAGACAAUACAUACAAAACUUUGCAAGAUUAGCCAAACCAUUAUAUGA